AUGACGAUAACGGAGUUUUUGGCCUUCACCAUUGGGCUGAACGAGCCCGGUGACACGGAUGGUGGAGCCUCCCCAAUCUGUGGAAGUCCGUUUGCCGGAGAUGAGAAGAUUGUGGAACCAGCUACGGGGGUGGAAGAUUGGCCGGAGGCAACUGAUGGUUCGCAAUCUAAAUUUGAUGCACAAUUCGGGACUCCUCAAGUCAAGUCGACAACAACUCCGACAGCUCCUGCUCAAACCACUACUGGUUCGUCUAUAAUGGAUGAUUUACUUGGAUUGGAUCUACUUGGUCCUGAGUCCGGGGAUGCCACUCCCAUCACUGUUCCAACUCCCGUCGCGCCAAUCAUUGGAAGUAAUGUUGGUGCCAAACCGACAACAGCAACAGGGACCACGAAUGACAACCCUGCGAAGCCGGCAUUUGCCUUGGAUGAUUUGUUGUCACUAGACCCCUUGUUGGGUUCCAUGGACCCUGUUCCGCCAACGUCUGCACCGGCGCCGAUCACCCAACUCCCCGAGACCGGUGGAUCAAUACAUUUACCCCCA